AUGGAGUCAGAGGGCGAUGGAGUCAGAGGGCGAUGGAGUCAGAGGGCGAUGGAGUCAGAGGGCGAUGGUGUCAGAGGGCGAUGGAGUCAGAGGGCGAUGGUGUCAGAGGGCGAUGGAGUCAGAGGGCGAUGGAGUCAGAGGGCGAUGGAGUCAGAGGGCGAUGGUGUCAGAGGGCGAUGGAGUCAGAGGGCGAUGGAGUCAGAGGGCGAUGGAGUCAGAGGGCGAUGGAGUCAGAGGGCGAUGGAGUCAGAGGGCGAUGGAGUCAGAGGGUGA